AAUUUCUCUCCACUGUGAGGACCCUCCCACCUUCGUUUCCCAGGGGACUGACUCUAUCUAUCACUCGCUCACUCCCUCCUUGAAGAACUCCUUGAAGAACAACAAGAAGAAGAUCUCUUUUACCCAAACCAAUCGAUCUAAUUUCAUCUAUUACCCACACAAAUCUCUUCUUUAAUCAUGGCUCAGGAAGCAAAUUCACUUUCUGAAACCCUAGAUUCUUCACUCUCCAUCUCUGCCGAUCGUACUCAUGCCGCAGAUCACAAUCAACAACCCGAUUCUUCUUCCCUUUCUACCGAUCCAUCUCUAUCACGCAGUGGAUCCAGCAGCCGUCUUAACGCUAAGGCCCCGGAGUUCGUUCCUCGUACUUCUUCAUCAUCACUACAUGCUUUGUCCAGGCCGGAUCUGAUUCAACCGAGGGCCGUUAUUCAUUCCCCACAACUAUCGCCUCCCGGAUUGGUUCAUGUCUACCCGGGCCCUAGUUCUUCCUUCCGUGGACAGGGUUACGAUGUUGCUGUCCCGAACCACUUUCCGCUUCAGAAUCAUCGGCCACAUGGUCAUCAUAUACCGAUGCAGUAUCAUCAUCACCAUCAUCAUCGUCCUCAGUUCUAUUCGGGUGGUGGGUUUGUCGAUCACCGAGAGGGUUCUGUUCAAUCACCACAACAACAAACUCCUGUUGAACUCGAUUCUUCAUCUACUGACAAAAAUAGUAUCUCCGAAGAAACUAUUCAGAAGCUAGUCAAUCAGGUGGACUAUUAUUUCAGUGAUCUAAAUUUAGCUACUACAGAACAUCUAAUGAGGUUUAUAAAUAAGGAUCCUGAAGGAUAUGUGCCAAUAUCUAUUGUUGCAUCUUUUAAGAAGAUCAAAGCCCUUGUCUAUAGUAAUUCACAGCUUGCUGAUAUUCUGCGGAAUUCAACAAAAUUGCUGGUCAGUGAAGAUGGUAAAAAAGUAAAACGUCAGCAACCCCUUACAGAGGCAGACAUGGAAGAGUUGCAGUCCCGCAUAGUAGUUGCUGAAAAUUUACCUGAGGACCAUUGCCACCAGAACCUCAUGAAGAUCUUCUCUACUGUAGGAAGUGUGAAGAAUAUCCGUACUUGUCAACCUCAGGCAUCAAACAGUGUGGCAUCUCCAGCAUCUAGAUCUGCCAAAGCGGAUACCCUUUAUAGCAACAAGCUACAUGCAUUUGUGGAAUAUGAAUCUAUUGAGCAUGCUGAGAAAGCGGUCACUGUUCUUACUGAGGAGGCUAAAUGGAGGAGUGGUCUUAGAGUCCGUUUGAUGCUUAGAAACACGACAAAACCCAUGCAAACGCGAGUGAAGAAGUUUGGGAACGAAACUGAUCCAAACUGCGAUGAAAAUGACACAUCCACUUCGGAACAGAUACAGACAAAUGGCAAAGAUGUGGUCGAUGAUCCUUCUCAGCAUUCAGAUUCUCGAUCAAACGAGUUAACCGGAGAGGAGAUCCCGAAUGAAAAGGAUGGGCAGAGGAAAGGGAGAAACCGUAAUAAGGGGAAAGGGGGCCGAGGAAGAGGUCAGCAUCAGCAGCAGCAUCAGAAUAACCGUGGAAAUCAACAGGCGGGCCCAUAUUCAAACAAUAGUGAACAACAAUCAACUGCUAUUAUUGGGAAGCAACCUCCACCCGGUCCCCGCAUGCCAGAUGGGACCAGAGGGUUUUCCAUGGGGCGCGGGAAGCCUGUUGCAGUGAAUAAUAUUGCAUAGUCGCACUACACUUUCACACGGUUAGUGGGAGGGGGGGAGGGGUAAGGUCUGGUUGUGCCGAAUUUCAUAUCAUAAAUAGUCUGUCGUGUUAUAUUAAUAAUGUGGCAAAUUUGGACGAGAAUUGCUGCUGCUGCUGCUAUUACAUAUGUUUUGCUUUUAUUCUUCUUUUUUAUGGUUUAGUGGUUUUCGAGGGUUGACAUAGCUGCAGCAGCGCUACUGCCGCUGCUGUUUUUAAAAGUCCCCUCUACUUGAAGAAGCUUAUAUAGAAUUUUGGGAUAUUGUGCUUUUUCUUCUAAAUUCUAUGUUUUAUGGAUGAUGGUGGUAUAAUAGAGAAAUUAGAGAGAUCAGACACUCCAAAAUAAAGUUGUGCCAAGAACUCUUUGUAUGGCACUAAAAAUUAUAUUUUGGAUUACCUUCUUCA